CGGCCCCGCCUCUUUCUCUACCCCGCCAUGAGCUCAUCUCUUGAGGCCAAGAUUGUGGUCCUCGGCGCCCAGGGCGUGGGCAAAACCUCCCUCGUCCAACGCUAUGUCAAGAACGCCUUCGAUCCCGCCGGCACCGCAUCCACCGUCGGCGCCUCCUUUGUCACGAAACGCGUCCUCGACAGCGCCUCCGAUACCAUUGUUCGCCUCCAAAUCUGGGACACUGCUGGCCAGGAACGGUUCCGGAGCAUCUCGCGACUCUACUACCGCGGCGCCAACGCCUGCCUCCUCUGCUACGACAUCACCGACGAACAGAGCUUCCAAGAAAUGACCGGGUGGCUCCUCGAGCUCAAGAAGAACGUCUUCGAGGACGACCCCAUCGUGAUCCACGUGGUGGGAACGAAAUCCGACAUCGUGACCAUGGAACCCACGCGCCGCCGGGUCCCCUUCGAGCGCACCAUCGCCUACGUCGCCGAACAGCUCUACCCCACCCAAGCCUCGACCCCUCCUCCAUCCGCGGGAUACGGCCCCUCGUCCAGCACGCCCCAGGGCAUCGACAGCAAGCGCAGCAGCGGGUUCUGGGGCCAGGAUAUCGGAUGGGACUGCUGCCACGAGAUCAGCGCCAAGGACGGGGAGGGCAUCGAGGAGGUGUUUAGGGUGAUCACGCGGAAGCUGGUCGAGCAGCGCAACAAGCGCGAGGCCGGGCUGAGCCCGUCGCUGCUGUCGCCGUCCUCGCUCGAUGGCAUGCCCCCGGCCAGUCCGGCGAAUAUCGAUGGCAGCGGUAGCUUUCGGCUGGGGUACGGCGACAAGCGACGCAGUUGGCUUGGAUUCCCGCCCAGCAGCCAGGGCGAUGAGGUCGAUGUUCCGGUGGAGGUGGCCAGGAAGAAAGGGGGAUGCUGCUGAUCGUGUGCGUCCCUCGGUUCUCUUUCCGGCUAUCAUCUACCUCUGCAUGGGAUCUCCACAACUUAUGUCUUCCUGCCUCGCGCCAUCGCAUCCACUGCGCGGUCCCUGUAUGUUCUUUGCGUUGAGAGGACCUCGGUUGGGCGUUCGACUUGCAUUCGGCAUAUCUCUCCUCUAUUUUGCAUGAUUUGAUGACGAUGUAUACGACUUUUGAUUCUUCUGUUCUUCAUGCUGUGUUUGUACUUUUUUUCCAUUCUCUUUCAUUUUUCUUGUGGUUUUGCUUGAACUGCUACACUAUGAUUGCUGGCAUGGCAUCGGAUUUGGGUGGUCGUUAGAUAGAUCUUAUUGGGGCGCUUCUGGGAGGAUCUAAUGGACAUGACAUGAACUGUUUCUAAA